AUGCAGGUCUGUUUAAUGUUUCAACUUGCUUCCUCAACUUCGGUUAACUUAAGCAGUCGAAUCGCGCUAAGCAAUAUUAUAUUUCAGCUAUCGAAAGACAUUUUCCAGCAUUACAUUCGAAAUCACCAGUCAAAUGUGCAGCUUCGAGCUAAACUGCAGUUGCGGGACAUUCUGCAGAAAACAGUGGCCACCGUAUUUCCAUCUUCCGGCCUGUAUAUUGUCGGUUCUUCGCUAAACGGUUUCGGCAGCCGCAGAAGUGACAUGGACUUAUGCCUCAUGCUGACAUCCAAAGCACUUCGGCUUUCGAAAGAAAUGGUAUAUUGUGAUAAGCUAAUUCAAAUUUUGAUUCGUUUUGUUGCAGAAAUCGUGCAAAACCAACAACUUAUUGAAGCAAAGGUGCCCAUUCUUCGACUCAAAUUUCGCGGUCCGUUUGAGGAUAUCUCUGUUGACCUGAAUGUGAACAAUUCAGUUGGAAUUAAAAACACACAUCUGCUCUAUUAUUAUUCAAACUGGGACUGGCGAGUAAAACCGUUGGUAUUGACGAUCAAAGAAUGGGCUCGCCAACAGGGAAUUAAUGAUGCCUCGCAAUCUACGCUGUCAUCAUAUUCUCUUGUAUUGAUGAUUCUCCAUUACCUGCAAUGUAAAAUUUACCUGUCUUUUCCAAACCUAGUCCGCCAAUUUUGCCCGCAUUACAAAAGUUGUAUCCGCGUCUUCGUAACGUUUAAUGUACAGUCUCUUGGAGAAUUGUUUCUCGGUUUUCUCGAGUAUUACGCAUUCAUUUUCAACUUCGAGGAGGACGCGAUUUCUGUCAGAUGUGGAUCAAAGAUUCCGCGUGGCAUCGCGGCAAGCUGUAAUCCGUUGCUCAACUACCCUUCAAGUUGGAAGUGUCUUUACAUUGAAGGUACUUUAAUGAUGGAACCAGCCUGUCUAUCGCUUGUUUUUUUAGAGCCUUUCACUCUCUCCAACACCGCUUAUUCGGUCUACAAUGAACACGUUUUUAGCUUGGUGAAGCAAACGUUUGUCCGAAGUUUUGAAGUCCUCCGCUAUCGUCGGCGAAUGUCUAUUGUCAUUAGAAGCCGAAAUAGCAAGCGGACUGGUUAUCAUUCAAAAGGAAAUUAUGACCGUACUAAUUGCCUAGUGUCACAACGUUUACAGAAUAGGGCAGUCAGUUCUUCAGGUCCACCCUGA